GGCAGCGAGGGGCUGGGAGCCCCCCGGCCUGGGAGGGCUGGAACAAGUGGCUUUGGAGGGACCCUAAGAGUGCCACAGCAGACAUGCUGAGCCCCCCGUCCUGUCGGACACCCAAAGGGGUGUCCGUGCGAUGAUCGUCGAGCCCAGGGAGGGUGCCGUCGGCUGGGGAUCCCUCGGUUCAUCCAUUGAGUCAUUCUGGCCGAGCACGCGGCGCCUCUCACACCCAGGGCUGCCCCGUGACCAGCUCCCGCAAGCCCAGCGCUCGUUUCCUGGCGUCUGCGGGCCCAGAAUGCACGGGGCAGUGGCCUCGCGGUCGGAAAGCGUCAGGAAAGAGAGCAAGAAGCAGACAGCCGUGUUGGCACCCUGGCCGUGCUGGGCGCGUCUGCCUCUGCCACCGGUGCUCCGAACGCUCCUGUGGCGGACGGAGAUGGGCUGGGUAAGGAGAGGGGCCGGGAGGAGCGACGGACCAGAGCCAGUGACGGCUCGAUGCCAGCCUGGAGAAACCUUGCCCCGCUGGGCUGUGCAGGCCAGCACUUUCCCGGCGGCGGCCUGCUCGCAUAACAGAGUGGGGGCAGGAGCUGACCACAGAGCGAGGCUGGAGAGCAGUCUUGGCACCCUCCAAUGCCGGGCUGAAGCUAAUCUGUAGAAGCUAAAUAAGGAGGAAGAGGGACAACGAGAGCCAACAGUGAGAGGUUACAGAGCACUUCGUCUGACCCCUACAAUAGCCUGCAAGCUGGCUGCUUUUACACCCAUUUUACAGAUGAGAAAACAGAAGCAGAGAAGAGCAAGGGACCUGCUGAGGGUCCCGGAGCUAAUUGGCUGAAUUUGAACUCGGGUCUCUGUGACGCCACUUAGGUGUGUCAUCAAACGCACCCAGUUAAACUCAGAAAGGGUUUGUGAAAUCCUCUUUAGGGGCCAGGCCCUCUGCUGGCCACGGAGGAGAUUCCCUGCCCACAGGAGCUUCCUCGCUGCUGGGCAGAAACAUCCACAGAGGAGGAAUCGUAAACUGAUCUUGGGAGAGAGAGCGCUGCCAGCCGCAAGCUUUAGAAAAGGCAGUCCCUGAGCUGAGCCCUGAAAGGACUUGAGCGUUCUUAGACGAGAGCUUUCCACGCAGAGGGACUGCCUGGGCAGCACCCAUGAGUGGACAUUGCGCAGGUCCAGCCCUUCUGGACCUCCCAGCAGCAUCGCAACUGUUCACUAGCCAGCACUCUCAUUGGAAGUGACCGUAGACAAAGAGGGGUAGCCACAAGGCCUUUUGGGGGGAGAGGUGGAAUCCAGAAGGGCUUCAUGUAGAAGGUGGGCAUGAAGAACUGUGCCAGGCAGAGGGGAUGAAGGAAUAUAUUCUAGCUUAGGGGGACAUCCAAUGCAGAGGCAUGGAGAGGGAGAUGAAGUGUCAUGAAUGAGGUCGGUUUGGCUGGACCGUACUAGGGGAACGAAGUACGGUAAAUCCGGAGAGACAGGAGGGACUCAAGUCACGAAGGGCUUCAAAUACCAAACAGGAAUUUCGAUUGAAUCCUAGAGCUACUAGGGGAGCUAAGAGGAAUUUACUGAGCAGGGAGGGGUCAUAAGACAAAAAUCACUUGAAGAAAAAGCCAAAUGGAGGGAGAUCUGCGAAGGGGAGAGGACGAGAGGAGACCAGUUAGAAGGCUGCUGCUGUGGUUCAGAGGGGAGGUGACGAGGGCCUGAAUUAGGCAGAGACAGGCAAGAUCUGGAAACUGAGUGCAUCUGUGGGGUGAGACUGAGGAGUGGAGGAUUAGAUCAGAGCCAUAGUGUAGGUAGCGGAGGGGAUGGGGGCGUCUUCCUCAGUAGCAGGGAAGUUUGGAGGAGAGAUGGGUUUGUGGGGAAAGGUGAUGAAGUGGACAUGUUGAGCUGCGCACCUGCAGUGUGAGCCAUCCACUGGGAAGCUGAGGAGUCAUAGAGAAGAGAACUGAACAGAUGGAACUCGAUGAGUUCAGCAAAGGAGAGAGCGAGGAGGGGCUGGGACAGAGCUUGGGAAAUGCUUGUGCUUGGGGACGGGAAUGGGGAUAGAGAUCUAACAAAGGAGUCUGAGAAGCAGCAUCCAGACAUUUAGAAGAGAGCCAAGAGGGAGGAGUGUUGCAGAAACCUAAUGAGGAGAGAAUCUGGAACAGAGGAGGGAGUCGGCAGUGCUGAAUGGUGCACAGGGUCGGGAAUGACCAUUGGAGUUAGCAAUUAAAUGAUUGGUGGAGGUUGCUAGGGAGCGCCACAGUACACACAGUGCUAGACCUGGAAUCGGGAAGCCAGGAGUCCAGAUCUGUUCUUGGACAUUAGCUGGGAGAACUCUCGUCACCUCUCUGUCUCUGCUUCAUGUCUUACCCCACUGAAGCCCAUCUACCCUUCAGCUGCUUCCCAGCAUCCCAGACAAACCAUUUCACCCUGCAACUCAGUCAGCUCCAGAAUUUGAGAUGCUCCCUGAAACCAGGGAACCAACUCUGAAACCUGGCAUUCCUUUAGAAGGUCCAUCUAAGGAGACACUCUCCAGGGAGCAGCCCUCUAGGGGUUCCAGGUUGGGAGGAACUUUGGAAAAUGGCACCAGGACGGAAAAGCAACAGAGAGAGAGAAAGAAAGAAAAACAUUCUAGGAUUCAAGCUGAAGAGAAAAGUCCAAAAUGUAGUAAAUGUGGGAAGAUUGUCCUUGAGAGCAAACAACUUUCCCAGCCUCAACCAAUCCAUACUGGAUCAAAACAUCGUGAAUAUAAAGAAUGGAGAAAGGUCUUUGGUCAGACAACUGGAUUUAUUGAACAGCAGAAGAUUUGUCCUGAAGAGGCACUUUGUGGAUGUAAUGAAUCUGGCCAAGCCUCCCACCAGAAAACAAGAUUUCCUGGACAUCAGAAAAUUCAGACCAGAGAGAAUUCCUAUAAAUGCAAUGAAUGUGGAAAAGCUUUUAGUCAGAACUCACAACUCAGUCUACAUCAUAGAAUUCAUAGUGGUGAGAAACCAUAUGAGUGUACUGAAUGUGGCAAGGCUUUCCAUUCCAGUUCCUAUCUUACCGUACAUCAGAACAUUCAUAUUGGAGAGAAAUCCUAUAAAUGUAAGGACUGUGGGAAGAUCUUCCAGAGUAGCACUAAUCUUACUCGACAUCAGAAAAUUCAUAGUGGAAAGAAACCUUAUGAAUGCAGUGAAUGUGGGAAAACCUUCCGCAAGCGAACGCAAUUUAUUGUCCAUCAGAGAAUUCAUACCGGAGAGAAACCUUAUAAAUGCAAUGAAUGUGGAAAAGCUUUUAGCCAGAGUUCACAGCUCAAUCUACAUCACAGAACUCAUAGUGGAGAGAAGCCUUAUAAAUGUAGUGAAUGUGGGAAGGCCUUCUGCCAGAGUUCACAACUUUCUGUACAUGCGAGAAUUCAUACUGGAGAGAAACCAUAUAUGUGUAAUGAGUGUGGGAAGGCCUUCCGUCAAAGCGAACAACUGACACUCCAUCACAGAAUUCACAGUGGAGAGAAACCUUACAAAUGUAAGGAGUGUGGGAAGACCUUCCGAAGUAGUUCACAACUUACUGUCCAUCAGAAGGUCCACACUGGAGAGAAGCCUUAUGAAUGUAAGGAAUGUGGAAAGGCCUUCCGCUGUAGCUCAUACCUUAUUGUCCAUCAGAGAAUUCACACUGGAGAGAAACCUUUUAAAUGUAAUGAAUGUGGAAAGGCCUUCCGUCAAAGGGAACAACUUACUCUACAUCACAGAAUUCACAGUGGUGAGAAACCUUAUGAAUGUAUUGAAUGUGGCAAGGCUUUCCGUUAUAGCUCUUACCUCACAGUACAUCAGAGAAUUCAUACUGGAGAGAAACCUUAUCAAUGCAAAGAAUGUGGGAAGGCCUUCCAUUGUAGCACAGACCUUACUGUCCAUCAGAAGAUUCACACUGGUGAGAAACCUUAUGAGUGUAAUGAAUGUCGGAAGGCCUUCCGUACACAUACACAGUUUACUGUCCAUCAGAAAAUUCAUACUGGAGAGAAACCUUAUGAAUGUAAGGACUGUGGGAAGGCCUUUAGACAGAGCAUAGAGCUUACUGUACAUCAAAGAACUCAUACAGGAGAGAAACCUUAUGAAUGUCAUGAAUGUGGGAAGGCUUUCUGCCAGAGUAUACAGCUUACUCGCCAUCAGAAAAUUCAUACUGGAGAGAAACCAUAUGAAUGUACUGAAUGUGGGAAGAGCUUCUGCCAAAGAACAGGACUCACUGAACAUCAGAAAAUUCACACUGGUGAGAAACCUUAUGAAUGUAAUGAAUGCAGGAAGACCUUUCGAAAUAGUAUACAACUUACUCAGCACCUGAGAAUUCAUACCGGAGAGAAACCCUAUGAAUGUAAGGAAUGUGGGAAAGCCUUCUGCCAAAGCUCACAACUUUCUGUACAUCAGAGAAUUCAUAGUGGAGAGAAGCCUUAUAAAUGUCAUGAAUGUGGAAAGGCCUUCCGCCAUAGUGCUCACCUUACUCUACAUCAGAGAAUUCACAGUGGAGAGAAGCCUUAUGGUUGUCCUGAAUGUGGGAAAGCCUUCCGAAGUAGCUCACAUCUUACUCUGCAUCAGAAGAUUCACACUGGAGAGAAACCUUAUGAAUGUAAAGAAUGUGGGAAAGCCUUUCGCUGUAGCUCAUAUCUCACUGUCCAUCAGAGAAUUCACACUGGAGAGAAACCUUAUAAGUGCAGUGAAUGUGGAAAGGCAUUCUGCCAGAGCACACAGCUUACUCGACAUCAGAGAAUUCAUCUUUGAAGUCUUUUGAAUAGUAAAUCCUUAUGGAAGUAGACUGAAGAAUUUCUGUUAUUUUAGCAGUUCAGCCUAUUUUUAAAAUUCACCUAAAGCAGAACUUUACAGGUCAUACUAUUUAUGAUACUUGGCAUUUAUUUAAAAUUUUAAAUUUUUCGAAGCCCUUUACAUAUAUAACACCCCUCCUGAGGCUGCUUUUCCACCUCCUAUGAACAUUGUCCAGCUGAGUCCCCCAGAAAGAUGUCUGACUUUUCAAGAUCAUAUGGAUAACUGUGGAGAACUAGUUUUGAGUACUAUUGAUCAUUUGUGAGAUUUUCAGACUUAAUUACACUUAAGAAAGGGUAUUUACUAAAUGGGUAUGACAAACAUAGUUGUUACACAUUAAGAAUUCCCCCAAACUAAGAGGCUAUUCCAGGCCCUUGAUCUCCUAGGGUCCCUGGGGAGAAGGAACUCAAACUUGAAAACAAAUGAAAGGGAGACGUGUCAAGGGAUCUCCUGUGUCCAAUGAUAAGCUCAGAGCUCCUGUUACAAGAAGUUCUCUCCUCCGUUUUGAUGUGCUCAGUGCUAGAGAGCUUUUCUCACUUUUGGUCUUCAUUGUGUCUGUUACCCACUGGUGGGGACUCCAGUCUUCUGAACUUCACAGGACUCAAGGUUCCAGCCUAACUGCUUCCAUCUCUGGAGCCUUUUUCUCAGCAUGUUUUUGACUCCUAGCUGAAUGUAUUGUCUUCUAUAAGGACAUUCUCUCUAGUAACUCUAUCAAUGAAGAGGGAGGAGGAGAGAGAGGAAGAGAAUUUCCCCUCCCUACAAAAAUGAUUCCCUUUCAGGGGCCUUACCUCCAGAGCACCGGAAUUUGCCACUUGGCUCUGAAAUAGCUCUCUGUCUUUGUAUGUUGCUUGAUUUUUAAUGAAGGUAUUUCUUUUGAGGUGUCAUGUCUUUAGCUAAUGGCCCAAAACUCCUACAAUUCUUUUCAAAUUAAGAAUUUAUUCAUGCCUUGUUUGCUUUUGAUUGAGAUGUUUGGGCCUUCUGUGACCAGUUGGGCUGGAUUCCCCAGCCUGAUGUAUGUAUAUUAUUGCAUUUUGGCCUUAUCCAAACCUUGUAGGUGUUAUUCCCAUUUUAGAGACUAGGACACUGAGGCAGAGAAGGGUAAGUGAGUGAGUGACUUGCCUGUAGCCACACAGCAGUUUGGGGCUGGAUUUGAGCCUUCCGUAUGUCUCUGUGCCCUCCAGGUUCAGCUCUUUUGCCAGGAUAGCACAUGGCCUCUCCGUGGCACUGCAGAAGCACUCAUACCCCUGUUCAGUUUCCCACAGGAGGAUGCCUAUCUUUUUAUUUCCCUUGAGCGCCUCAGGUCUCUCCCUCCCUCAGUCACUACAUUUAUAACAAGUCAUCAGACUAUGAAUUGAGAAAGGGACCGAGAGCUUCCUCAGCUCCCCUCAGAAGUGCUCACUCGUCUCAGAAUGGAAGGGAGAGGAGGGAUCAAGGGCCUGGUGUUUGGGGGUCAGCACCGUCCUGGCCAAUUCUGAUUCAGAUAGGGCUGCUUACACGAGUUCGAGAUUGCAAAGAAAGGAAACACCUGAACGUCAUCCAUCAGUUAACGGACGGAAAGUCACUUGCCAAGAACAUGACGCAGAUGGAAUGAUUCAGGUACACGUGGACUCCCUCAUCUCUGCCUGGAAACAUGUCAUCAUAAGGGCAGGGGGUGGUGAUUCGUCACUGGGCUAUUCAGGCUGAUACGGAGGGCCCAAAACGCCAUCCUUGUCCUCAAAAGCUCUUGUUGUUGGAAUGGGGAGACCAAAGACAACGAACGGUGUGCCCACCUUCAGCUCUGUACCUGUAUUUGCGUAGCUACAUGGAAAGAGACAGCAGACAGACAGAGGGAUUGAGGGGGACCCCAGGAAAGCCUGGGUGGAGAGGAAGCGAAGGAAGACGCCUGAGAGAUCUCCUGAAGAGGGCUCAAUCUGACUGGUCUUGUGAGAGGCCAGGGAAGCCGGAAGGGGGAAGAUGAGGGGAGAGCAUCCUGGGCACAGAGCGGAGGCAGGGGAAAGGCCACCCUGUUCAAGAAAUAGCAAGGACGUCUCCUAGCUGUGUGACCCCAGGUAAGUCACUGGACUCCUUUUGCCUUGUCCACGCCACGCUUCUGCCUCGGGAGCGCGACUUCGCCUUGAUUCUAAGACAGAAGAUGAGGACUUGACCGAAAAGAGAUGGCGCAAAUGCCAGUGUUGCUGGGGCCCGGAGUCUGGAGGGACGUAACAGUUAUUCCUGCACAUAGGGAAUAGGGAGCCUCUGCAAUCUGCAGAGGGAGAGUGACAGUCGGCUUUAGGAAAAGCACGAGAGCAGCUGGCUGGAGGCUGGGAGGGGUAAAAUGAGGGAAGGAGACAGUCCAAAUAGAGGUGACUAAAGUAAGAGAAGGUGGCAUGUACAAGGCAUAUUGUGAAGGGGCAGCUCCGUGGCUCAUGCAGAGAGAGCCAGACCUGGAGGAGGUAGGGCCUGGGUUCAUAUGUAGCCUCAGACACUUCUUAGCUGUGUGACCCUGGGCAAGUCACUUAACCCCAGCUGCCCAGCCCUUGCUGCUCUUCUGCCUUGGAGCUGACAUUUAUUUAGUAUUGGUUCUGACAAGGUAUGGGUUUUUGAAAAGAGAUUGUGAAGAUGCAAAUAAAAGACUUGCCAGCGGAUUGGUUAUA